GAAGUCAUAUUUGAUAUAAAAUUGACGUCAUCAUGUCGGGAUAAUCACUCCUAGUUUGAAUCCGAACAAGUUGUCAGAAUGAAAUUCGCCAUUGCUACCGUCGCCAUCUUGGUUUGCCUUUGUGGCAUGAAGGUCAUCCACGCUGAUGAUUAUUAUGGCGGGAGUUACGAAGGAGGUGAACAAGGAUACGGUUCAAGUUACGGAAAAGGCGGAUAUGGCUCAAGUUAUGGCGGACAUGGUGGCAGUAUGGGCGGAUAUGGCGGAUAUUCCGGAUACGGAAAGGGACAAGGCGGAUAUUCUAGUUAUGGCAAGAAAGAAGUCCAUGGAUACGGCAAACAGGGUGGUUACAUCGAUGAAACAAUCCACCUUCAACCGCAACCAGUAUCAAUGACAGGCGCUGGCUCAUAUGCAGGCGGUAUUUCAUCAUACGGUGGCGGCAGUAAUCGCGGUAUGCUCAGUGGCAUAUUCGGUAUGGGUACAACAACAAAGAUUCUUGGAUUUGUCAUAUUGUUAGCCUUAUUGACUAACAGCAACAGGGAUUAAAUAUUUUAACGACGUAAUGUUAAGAGAUGUCUAUUCUAUUCACCAUCAACAUGGAACAGACGGGAAAAGCAGACUUAUCUUAAGAGCAGAUAUCAGUGUGAACUGAGAGCUGAACUUUUGUUCGCUACUUAACGAGUAGAACAAUAAGACGAACAUGCUCUGACAGUUCGUUAGGCUGGACAUACAGGAAAUAAGUGGUACUCAUAUUCAACACAACUAAUAUUACAGCCUUCACGUAGACGCAUAUGUUUAGGAAUAUUGUUAUAUCUAUCUAAUUCUUAGUUUAAUUUCAAAGUACCACCUCUCAAUUUUGUAAGUAAUUAAUUUGAAUUAAAUAAAAAUCCAAAUAAUAUGUUUCACUAGGGUCUUUGGUAGCUGUAUAAUUUUAUAAAAGGGUCAAAGUUUAUUAUUUGUCAAAAUUUGAAGCAAGUAAAACGAGCCAAAUUAAGUUUAGUCAAGAUGUUUGGUACCACCUUAAACAAUAUUCGACUUGAAAAAUUGUAAAAUUCAUCUAUUUGACAAAAUGACUUUUCUUCAACGUGAAAUUCCACCAAAUCAUAGUGAAUCAUAUCCGGUUUCAUAUAAAAUAGGGUAGACCAAAUCUUUCCUUUAAUCUAAAAGUUGUAGCAAAUUAUCCUACAUUUCAUUGCAGUAAAAAAAGAUGUCAUUAA